CCCCCAGGUUGUGUGGUCUGCGUGUAGAACUCCUACAGUAUACAAGAUGUCGUCCGAUUCAGGAAGAUGCGUUCAAAUUUCAGUGGUGGUUUUCGUUCUGCUGAUUGCACUGCGUAACGCUAGUGGUUUAGAGGCCACAUUAGCUGAUUUACCUCCCAAUGGGUUGAUCAUGAAUCCUGACAACGGCAUCCCACCAACAGUGGCCCUUGUGUGCAGUUACACAGUGGAUCCCGGAGAGACGAUGCAGGUCGUGUAUUUCUACAAAGAUGGAACGACUGAUUCAAGCCAAAUAGUGGGAAUAGUGAUAGCUGACGGAAGUUUCCAACUGCAGAACGCCUUUGACGGUAGAACUGAUGUGACGGUUACAGCCUCUGAUCCAUCAUUCACGGUAACAAUUGGCACAGUCACGUUGGCGGAUGAAGGGAGCUAUUACUGCAAAGUAACCACCAUACUUUAUAAUCCCAUGGCAAUAACCCCGGCGCAGACCCUCAAAUUAGUAUAUCGACCGAAUCCACCCCAGAUUACACGAGGACCCCAAGUUGCCACAGAUACCUACCGGGUAUCUUGUUCUUCUGAUGGCGGAAGACCAGCACCCGAGAUAAAAUGGUUUAAAAUGCAGAGUUCUGAUCAGAUGCAGGUGGCAAUUAAUGCAACUACGAACACGGUGACACCCCAGGGAGACACCUUUCUGGUUGAAAGUGCAGUAGAAGUGAUAGCAACCCAAGCAGAUCCAGUGGAAUUAAUUUGCCAGUUACUGCACGACUCACUUAUAAGUCAAACCACGACAAAAAUCACGGUGCCUGAAAGUGCUGCUCCUUCAACGAGAUCCUCAAAAGCUACAGGUAGUUAUAUUUUCCCUUGUGUCACUACGUUAAUUAUAUUAAUCACUCUUGAAUCGAUCAACUGCCAAAUUUUAAAAGAAGAAAGAAAAUAAUGUUAUUACAUUGAUGAAAUUGCAUUUAAAGUGUUAAGAAAAUCGAAUCAAAAUAUGUUAAGCAUUUCAUAAGUGGGACUUCUAUAAGCAUAACACAAUAUAUAUAUUUAUUUAUUGGUGUUGGUACAUUGGUAAUAUAUUUCUAAAUAUAUAUAUAUUUUAAAAUUAAGGAUACGCAUAUAAUUCACAUUAUUGAUUUCUGAAAAUGAAAUUAUACAUACUGGUUGCGUCACGUAACGUUAAUUGUAAAUAGUGGUAGAUGUACAGUGUAGUUGUUGUAGUAGAAAUUUAUUUUGGCAAAUAUCGAAAUUUAACAAAAUCUGAAAGUUGAAGACAAUGUACC